AUGGAAAUUAUAACUAAAAUUUUAUAAAAUAUAAAUUUUACUUAAUCCUUAAUAUUUUAUAAUGAUAAAAUUAAGGGUGAAAAUAUUUAUAAUGAACUCAAAAAUUAAAAAUAUAAUUGCAUUUUUAUACACGGAGAUAUUAUCUAAGCAGACAGAAUCAAAAUAAUGAAUUAAAUUCGAAGAAAUAAAGCCAAUAUUAUUAUAGCAACUGAUCUUUUGGCUAGAGGUAUUGAUAUAAAUAGUGUGGAUCUAGUUAUUAAUUAUGAUUUACCAUCUAAAAUAGAAACUUAUUUACAUAGAAUAGGUAGAACAGGGAGGUUUAUUUUAUAUAGAUAUACUAAUAUAUAUAUAUAAAAAUAUUUAUAAUUUAAAGAAAAUAUUCCUUAAUCAUUUAAGUAUAUUAAUGAAAAAUUAAAAGAAAAAUAAACAGAAAUAUAAUAAUAAUAAUAAAAAAAUAAAAAUAAAGUUAAAUAUUUACAUGAAUUUACAUAAGGAAUUAUUUCCAAAGAAAUUGAACUUGAAGAAAAAUAUUAUGAUGAAGAAAAUUUUAAAUAUUUUUAAGAAGAAGAUAUGGAAUAAAAAGAAAAAUAAAAUAAUUAAAUAUUUUAUAAUCCUUUAUAUAUUAAUAAUAAUAAUAAUAAUAAUAAUAAUAAUAAUAAUAAUAAUAAUAAUAAUAAUAAUAACAAUAGUAAUUAUAAUUAACAAUAAUAAAGUUAUAAUAAUUAAUGUGAUCAUAAUGAUAUUAAUGAUGAUAGUCAAUUUAAUUUUUUAAAAUGCGAAGUUUGCUAUAAUUUUCUUUUAAAAACAUAAGAAAUUACUGGAUAGUAAUUUGGUUUAUUAAAAUAUUUUUAAAUUAAAUGA